AUGUCCCCAAACCCCCCCACACACACACCAACACUCUCUCUCACUAAAUUUUUUUUACCUUCCUUCAUUCUCUCUCCAACAACCACCAUUUCCAUGGCUGCAGCUCGUGAAGGCCAUUACAGAGGAGUAAGAAAGCGUCCAUGGGGUCGUUACGCAGCUGAGAUACGCGACCCUUGGAAGAAGACACGUGUUUGGUUAGGCACUUUUGACACGCCCGAAGAAGCUGCUCUUGCUUACGACGGCGCCGCUCGUUCUCUCCGCGGCGCUAAAGCCAGGACCAACUUCCCGGCGGCGCCUCCUCUUCCUUUUGACCUCAACCUUAAUCCCUCAGCUGAUCAUCAUCACCGAUUGACUUCUUCUUCUUCCCCCUCCGCCCGUAGGCUUAUGAAUAUAGGGGAGUUCUUACAAGUUGGACAUCCAGUACUCAAAGACGUUGUUGGCCCGCCGCCGCCGCCGCCGGUAUAUAACUUGCCGGUUUCCGGCAUAGCUCCGGCAAAGGAGAAUGAUGGCGCCGCCGCCGCUGCCGCUGCCGCCAAGUAUUUUGGGAUUGUAAGACGUGGGUUGCCUAUUGACUUGAAUGAGCCGCCGCCGUUGUGGAUGUGAAGCCGGCUAUGACUUCUUAGUAUACUUCCUAAUUUUCUUUCGUGUUUCUCUCUAUUUUCAAGCUAUUGAGAGAAGGGUAAUUUCUACUAAUGAAGAAAAGAAAAAAAAAAGAAGAAAAAAAGAAGUUUCCUUGAGGUAUUUAUGUUAUAACGUACGAAGAAGCAUUAUUAUGUAUAUACAUGUUUCUUGUUUUUUAGAUCCUUUUCUAUCUUUUUGUAGAAUGGUUAUCAUAAAACUGUGCCCAAGACUUUGUGGUCUAAUUUCAUCGUUUUCUUGUGUUUAUGUACCUAAUAACAUGUUUACAUUUAUUCAUCUAUAUAUAUUACAAUA